GCACCCGGUGGGCGUCACGUGACGGACUCAGUUUUCCUCCAAUGGCUGUGCAAGUUGUGGAGAAUCUACUUAGGACCCGGCCCGGGCCGUAGAUCUCCUCGUUCCUCUGCCAACCAAGCGGGCCGGCUCCCCGCUCCCAGCUGGGCAGCGGAGCCUCGCCAGGGACUUCUCUUAACUAAGCUUCGGAGGGCCCAGGCCUGCGCCGCGGUCAGUCCCGGAAGUGACCUCUCCCAGAGGGGCCGGAAGUGGCAGUGGAGGGAGGGAAGAUGGCGGAGGUGGUGAGUCCGGUGCCCGGGGCGGGGCGGAGGGAGCCAGGGGAGGUGGGUAGAGCCCGAGGCCCCCCAGUAGCCGACCCUGGCGCCGCGCUGUCUCCCCAGGGGGAGAUAAUCGAGGGCUGCCGCCUACCCGUGCUGCGGCGGAACCAGGACAACGAAGAUGAGUGGCCCCUGGCCGAGAUCCUAAGCGUGAAGGACAUCAGUGGCCGGAAGCUUUUCUACGUCCAUUAUAUUGACUUCAACAAACGUCUGGAUGAAUGGGUGACCCACGAGCGUCUGGACCUAAAGAAGAUCCAGUUCCCCAAGAAAGAGGCCAAGACCCCCACCAAGAACGGACUUCCUGGGUCCCGCCCCGGCUCUCCGGAAAGAGAGGUGCCGGCCUCCGCCCAGGCCAGCGGGAAGACCUUGCCAAUCCCGGUCCAGAUCACACUCCGCUUCAACCUGCCUAAGGAGCGGGAGGCCAUUCCCGGUGGCGAGCCCGACCAGCCGCUCUCCUCCAGCUCCUGCCUGCAACCCAACCACCGCUCAACGAAACGGAAGGUGGAGGUGGUUUCCCCAGCAACUCCAGUGCCCAGCGAGACAGCCCCAGCUUCAGUUUUUCCCCAGAAUGGAUCCGCCCGUAGGGCAGUGGCAGCUCAGCCCGGACGGAAGCGAAAAUCGAAUUGCUUGGGCACUGAUGAGGACUCCCAGGACAGCUCAGAUGGAAUACCAUCGGCACCUCGCAUGACUGGCAGCCUGGUGUCUGAUCGAAGCCACGACGACAUUGUCACCCGGAUGAAGAACAUUGAGUGCAUCGAACUGGGCCGGCACCGCCUGAAGCCGUGGUACUUCUCCCCGUACCCACAGGAACUUACCACUCUACCUGUCCUCUACCUGUGCGAGUUCUGCCUCAAGUAUGGACGUAGCCUCAAGUGUCUGCAGCGUCACUUGACCAAGUGUGACCUGCGACACCCUCCAGGCAAUGAGAUUUACCGCAAGGGUACCAUCUCUUUUUUCGAGAUUGAUGGACGGAAGAAUAAGAGUUACUCCCAGAAUCUGUGUCUUUUGGCCAAGUGUUUCCUCGAUCAUAAGACAUUGUACUAUGACACGGACCCCUUCCUCUUCUAUGUCAUGACGGAAUAUGACUGCAAGGGCUUCCACAUUGUGGGCUACUUCUCCAAGGAAAAGGAGUCCACAGAAGACUACAAUGUGGCUUGCAUCCUGACCCUGCCUCCCUACCAGCGCCGGGGCUACGGCAAGCUGCUGAUUGAGUUCAGCUAUGAACUCUCUAAAGUGGAAGGGAAGACAGGAACCCCAGAGAAGCCCCUCUCAGAUCUUGGCCUCCUGUCCUAUCGAAGUUACUGGUCCCAGACUAUAUUGGAGAUCCUGAUGGGGCUGAAGUCAGAAAGUGGGGAGAGGCCACAGAUCACCAUCAAUGAGAUCAGUGAAAUCACCAGCAUCAAGAAAGAGGAUGUUAUCUCUACCCUACAGUAUCUCAACCUCAUCAACUACUACAAGGGCCAGUACAUCCUCACUCUGUCAGAAGACAUCGUGGAUGGGCAUGAACGCGCUAUGCUCAAGCGACUCCUUCGAAUUGAUUCCAAGUGUCUGCACUUCACUCCAAAGGACUGGAGCAAGAGAGGAAAGUGGUGACCAGGCACUACCCAUACCAGUGCCAACAGAACUGGUAGAACUGGGGCUGAAAGCCCAUUCUACCCCCACUGGGGAUCUGAAGAGGCAUGCUAAGGGAGACAAGACUGAGGACAGCUCCAAGAGGGGAUAGGCCUGGGAGGGGUCAGCUGAUGGACAGCACCAAUGUGAGCUCAAGGCUCAGAACAACUCCAGGGUCAGCUGGCUACAGGCCCAGGCCUGCUCUGAACCAGGGACCAGAGCCAGGCAGUUGUGUACAGUGAGAUGGGGGUGGGGGCACUGUACAGAGGGCUGGUGAUUGUAAAAAUUCCUUUUGUAAAGUAGGAGCUGGGGGUGUGGUGGGUACUGGCUGCAAAAAAUUCUGACCUUUCUUGCCCCCAGCAAUAAAUUGUUUCUAUAGGCCAGA